GAAAUCUCUAUCAAUUUCAUAGCAACAUCACGGCGUCAUUUCGAUAUCUGCGUCGUGUUUGCGUAUUCGCGAAUAUACGCAUGCCUUUUCGCAGGAAAAUCUCUCAACCUAUUAUUGGAGACGGAGACGGCGGUUCCAGGCUUCCAGCGCAAAGCCAGUAACCAGUUCUGUCGCAAGCUUCGCCGCGGCCGGAUGCGCAAGUGGGGUGGCCUACGCGCCGGGGUGAAACUUGCAAGCUCCCCCUUUAUCGAGCUUGCAGAUGGCUGUGCCUUUUAGAUUUUGACGUGUCCCUCCGUUCUUCCCCGUUCGUUCGUCCCGUGCGCUUCGUGGUACAACAUUUCAAUCGUUUAUCACGCUGUUCGCUCUAUUGGUUGCCAUUUCCCGACGAUCAGCACCCCCGCAACAUGCCCAGGAAAGUCGGAUUCAACGUCGUCUAUGCCACGAGCGAGGAGGAUAGGCACUCGUCGUUAGAGCUUAAUGUUCACGGGCCGACAGUAAGAGGUUGGCAGAGUGCAAGAAAUUGCACGUAUCCUCAGGAACUGAUUCUACGUCUUCAUGGGCCCACGAAACUUACAAGAAUACAGGUUCUGGCUCAUCAGUACCUUAUACCUGAGAAGCUGGAGAUCUGGACGUCGAGGGAAGAAAAUGCAUCCACUUCGACGGACUUCAGUUACCUGGGUUACAUCACGCUGUCCGACAACGCGUCAACCCUUUACAAAAGCAGGGAGCUGAAAAGCGUGGCUCUUCCAGAAACAGAAGCGCUGUCGCUGAAACUCAGAUUACACAAACCGCACAGUAACGCGCACAACACAUAUUGUCAGGUUGGCCUUAUAGCUAUAAAUAUACUUGGCGAGCCUUAUGGUCAGGAAUUAACCGGACAGGGAGAUGCUCCAUACAAUCCGCAUUACAUUUCGCCUUACGACGAUCUGGCGUUUGAAAUGUACGUCGAUCGGGAAGUGGCCAAAAUCAUAAGGCAAAUGGAAGUGAAGAAAUUACUAGCGGUGGAAGAAGAGAGAUUCGAGUACGCUUCGAAAUUGAAAGUGGCUAUGGAGAAUCUAAGAAAAGCGGGGGAGCGUUUGGGCAAGUACGAGUUGGAGAAGAAAUACGCUAUAGCUUUGGAAGAUUAUGAUAAGGCCAAAGCUAAAAAAGCUCAGGCUCAGCAGUACAGACAACAGGUCUAUCAGUCGUUGGAAAUAUACAAUCUACUCGAGGUCCAUGGGCCUAUGGAAAAGAACAAUCUGUCAACCGCAGAGGACAAAGAGCCGACAUCGGCCGAUAAUUUGAACACAGCGGCGUUGCCCGACGACAUGACAUCUCCUCCAAGAUUAGUCAUUCCACCUAAUCGCGAUGGUGCCGUAUCACCAACUGGUCCCGCACAUCAACCGCCCGUAUCACCAUUACGUCAGAAAACUAAUAGUCCCGAGUUAACCGACAGUCCUGCGAAUGGUGUCCUUGAUAAGCAGACAAGGGAUCCCUGCAACAAGGGAUCCCUUAGGCGAAAAACUAAAUCAGCAGGUCCAGCUCUUCGAUCAAGUUACGAAGCUUACGAAGAAAGGACCAUUCCCGCUCUAAGGCACUCGCACACGAACGAGUUUACGAGAGAGUGUCACCUGGACAGCACAGAGACAAAAGUUAUCUCGAAACUCAACGACAGGGAGAAGAAACAAGCCGCGUUACCUAUUUCAGUCUUCGGGAUGGAAAUGGUGGAAAAGUUCUACUCGAAGCAAUUCACUGACAAGGAGGAGGGACUGAUGCAAUUGAAAGAGGAAUUGAAGACAUUCGAUUCAGCGGUUUCGAAACAUUCUCCGAAUAAAACAGCUAGAGCAGCGAUUCUGUUGCUGCACAGGGCUCUCAGAGACAAAGUUUUUAGCGUAUAUAGUUUGGCCGCGCAGCUUAUCCGAAUCUUCUUCGCCGAGUUUGCCGCGGACAGAGUGUCUUCAACUGAGAUUGCUAGAAGCGUUGAACGUUUGCUACCAGAACUUCUGACAAAGUCUGGCGACACUACUCCGAGGAUACACAAUAUGGCAGUACACACAAUCCUCAGCAUGGCAGACUGCAAAUGCGUGCGGGAGUUGCACAUAAUACCGGUACAUCUAACCAGACCAGUCAACAGCAGCACACAUCAGAGGCUCGCAUUGAGUAGGCUGGAGAUGGUGGAGCAAUUGAUAUUGAGCCACGGCAUUUCCACGGAGAAACAAAGCGGGUUGACUUGUCGGACGUUAUCCGAAUUAGGUUCUUCCGGUCUGCAUCACCCAGCUGAGGCAGUGCGAAAGGUCUCCGAGAGAAUUCUCGUGUUGGUGUACAAAGUCAAUCCCAGAUUGGUUCGAAAGCAAUUGCCUCCUGAUGAUGAUAUAACACGACGAAAUCUGCUGUAUCGCCAGCUUUUCCAUGAAUUCGACUUGAUCGAUCUUCAGAGGAAAAAGGAAGCAGAGUCAACCCAUAAAGCAACGACAACGCCUACGCGAACUAGAUCUACGGAAAAUAAUGUAACUAAUUUAACCAAAUCACCCUCGAGAUCUAGCCCAGUGGUGAGUACCGGAAGUUCAACGAGUAUCACGUCUCCGUCCGAAAACAGUGUCGACCAUAAGGGAGAUAAAAUGUGCAUAUUUUGUCUGUCCAAGGGUCAAGUGUACUCCGAAGAAGGUCUGAACAUACAUUAUUGGAGAACUUGUCCUAUGUUAACGAAAUGCGAAGCGUGUAAGCAAGUCGUAGAAAUUUCUUAUUUGAACUUGCAUUUAUUGAAUGAAUGCGACAUGAGAAGCAAUUACGUAAAAUGCGAUACGUGUAAACAAGCGGUACAUGAAAAUGCGUUCGAGGUUCACAGACAAGACAAAAAAUGCACAAAACCUAUAGAGGGAUAUGAACGCUGUCCCCUUUGUUCGGCUUUAGUGAAUCAAAACAAGUGGAGGGAACAUCUCAUGGGGGAACAUCCAUGUGUAAAUAAUCCACGAAGCAAGCUCGGGAAAAGUUGUUCGAAAUCUCCAUCCAAUUCACAAAAUCUCAGCGGCAAGUUAACAUCACCGACGGGUAGAGAUUACUAGCAUCAGGCAACAACUUCGAAGCCAACGGAAGAAUUCGACAAGUCUUAAAAAA